AUCUCUAAAUACAACGCAUUUUUGGCGGGAAGCAUUUUCAUUAUAUUGUUUUCCUCGCAUUUCCCAGCAAACAGCGUCUCUAAAAACACCUUUGGCAAGCAGCUGUCCUCCAUUAAUUGUUCUUUGUUGAAACCACAAAAGAAGCAAACGCGAAAUGGCUCGACGAGACUAUGCUCAGGAUAGAGAAUCUAUCAAGACCUUUUUGUCGGAGUUCUGCAAAUGCGAUGACGAUGGCAAGAAGGAGUUUGUCUACGGCUCGCAACUGGUGAAGUUGGCCCACCGGGAGCAAGUGCUGAUCACCAUCGACUUGGAUGAUCUGGCGGAAUUCAACGAGAGCCUCGCGGAGGCGGUGAUCGAUAAUUGCCGGCGGUAUGCCUCCAUUUUCAGCGAUGUGAUUGCCGAACUCCUGCCCAGCUACAAACAGCAGGAGGUGAGCGCCAAGGACGCACUGGAUGUCUACAUCGAGCACCGCCUGAUGAUGGAGUCCCGCACCCGGAAUCCCAUGGAGCAGCGCGACGAGCGGAACAGCUUCCCCUCGGAGCUAAUGAAGCGAUUCGAGGUGAGCUUCAAACCCCAGUCCACUGAGAAGGCUCACUCCAUCCGCGAGGUGAAGGCCCAGCACAUUGGCAAACUGGUCACCGUUCGCGGCAUCGUGACCCGCUGCACGGAGGUGAAGCCCAUGAUGGUGGUGGCCACUUACACCUGCGAUCGCUGUGGCUCGGAAACUUAUCAGCCGGUGAACUCGCUCUCCUUCACGCCGGUGCAUGAUUGUCCCUCGGAUGAUUGCCGUGUGAAUAAGGCGGGGGGUCGCCUGUAUCUACAGACUCGUGGCUCCAAGUUCGUCAAGUUCCAGGAGGUCAAGAUGCAGGAGCACAGCGACCAGGUGCCCGUGGGCCACAUUCCCCGGAGCAUGACCAUCAUGUGCAGGGGUGAGGUCACUCGAAUGGCCCAGCCCGGAGAUCAUAUCGUGGUCUCAGGUGUUUUCUUGCCGCUGAUGCGAAGUGGAUUCGCUCAGAUGAUCCAGGGUCUGCUAUCGGAGACAUUCCUUCAAGCUCACCGCAUCAUUUGCAUCAACAAGAACGACGAGAUCUCGGACAAGGAUGCCGAGCUGACUCCCGAUGAGCUGGAGGAGCUGGCCCAGGAUGACUUUUAUGAACGACUGGCCACCAGCUUGGCCCCCGAAAUCUACGGCCACUUGGAUGUGAAGAAGGCGCUGCUGCUUCUGUUGGUUGGAGGUGUAGACAAACGCCCCGAUGGGAUGAAGAUUCGCGGUAACAUCAACAUCUGUCUGAUGGGAGAUCCCGGUGUGGCCAAGUCUCAACUGCUGGGCUACAUUAGUCGUCUGGCAGUGCGGUCUCAGUACACCACAGGACGAGGAUCUUCGGGAGUGGGUCUGACGGCUGCUGUGAUGAAGGAUCCUCUCACCGGCGAGAUGACUUUGGAAGGAGGCGCUCUGGUUCUGGCUGAUCAGGGAGUCUGCUGCAUUGACGAGUUCGACAAGAUGGCGGAUCACGAUCGUACGGCCAUUCACGAAGUGAUGGAGCAGCAGACCAUCUCGAUUGCCAAGGCGGGCAUUAUGACCACGCUCAAUGCGCGCGUAUCCAUUCUGGCCGCUGCCAAUCCUGCCUUUGGCAGAUACAAUCCUCGCCGAACCGUUGAGCAGAACAUUCAGCUGCCUGCUGCCCUUCUCUCCCGUUUCGAUCUGCUGUGGCUCAUUCAGGACAAACCGGAUCGGGACAACGAUCUGCGGCUGGCCAAGCACAUCACCUAUGUGCACAGCCACAGCAAGCAGCCGCCGACUCGCGUCAAGGCUCUGGACAUGAAUCUCAUGCGGCGCUAUAUUAACCUGUGCAAGCGCAAGAAUCCAACCAUUCCUGAUGAACUCACCGAUUACAUUGUGGGCGCCUAUGUGGAGCUGCGACGGGAGGCGCGCAAUCAGAAAGACAUGACCUUCACCUCGGCCCGUAACCUACUGGGAAUCCUGCGUCUGUCCACCGCUUUGGCCAGGUUGCGUCUCUCCGAUAGCGUGGAGAAGGAUGAUGUGGCGGAAGCUCUACGUCUGCUGGAGAUGUCCAAGGACUCGCUGAACCAAAUUCAUGAGCACCAGAAGGGACAUGUUCCCAACACCUCUGAUCGCAUUUUCGCCAUCGUUCGCGAGCUCGCUGGCUCUGGAAAGGCGGUCAAGAUCGGGGACAUCAUGGACCGCUGCACCACCAAAGGCUUCAAACCCGACCAGGUGGACAAGUGCAUCGAUGACUACGAGGAACUCAAUGUCUGGCAGGUCAACAUGGGACGCACGAAGAUCACAUUCAUGUAGUUCCCUUCAUUCUUCGUACAACUUACAAAUAGUAAUUAAGUUUUUGUCUCUUUAUCGCCAAUCGUUAAUAUUAUAUUCACAUACAUUGUCACUUUACCAUUUAUCAUUGUCAUAAAUAAAUAAGAAUUUUGUAUUUGACUAUUGAA